GUAAACUUUUUUUCUAGGAAUUAGUAAUUUUGUAAUUUUUUUCUUUGGUAAUUGUUAAAAGUCUAAUUCCAGGCUUGCUGUUUACAUUUUUACAUAUUUUUCUUAAAUGCCUCCACUUCACUUGGAUUCACCUGGAGUGGUUGUAUAACGGUGUUCAGCUCAGCAUGUCUUGGUUCAUUGUAAACAUCAGUAACAUCACUUUAGGGAGUUCACCAUCUGGUGAUGAGCCUCGAGACGAGCGCCUGGCUCAAGUGGAAAUAGCUCUCCUCUCCAUCAUCUUCAUCACUGCAGGGAUCCUGAACUUCGGUCUCCUGUUGGUGCUGUGGAAGAGGAGGAAGCAGCUCUCCAGGAUGCGCGUCUUCGUCUUCCACCUGUGCGUCGCAGACCUGGUGGUCACAUUCUUCCAAGUUUGCCCUCAACUCAUGUGGGACAUCACGGACAGAUUCGUGGGGCCAGAUAUCUUAUGUCGCUUGGUGAAGUACUUACAAGUUGUCGGGAUGUUUGCCUCCACUUACAUGAUCGUGGUGAUGACUCUGGACCGAUAUCAAGCCAUCUGUAACCCCAUGGUGACCUUCCAGAGGCGCAGGGCGCGUUGGAACGGUCCGGUGUGCGCAGCCUGGUGCGUCUCUCUCAUCUUCAGCCUCCCGCAGAUCUUCAUCUUCUCCCGGGUCGAGGUGGCUCCAGGUGUGUACGACUGCUGGGCUCAGUUCAUCAAGCCGUGGGGACCCAGAGCUUACGUGACCUGGACCACCUUGGUGAUCUUCAUCCUGCCAACUCUCAUGGUGAUCGUGUGCCAGGUGCGCAUCUGCAGAACUGUGCGCAUUAACUUCUUCCACAUGAAGACGCAGCAGCAGCAGCAUGUUGCAGAGCAGCAGGCCAGUAAACAGCUGUCCUCCUCCAGAGCCAGCAGCGUGGCAGGAGUGUCCAAGGCUCGGGUGAAGACGGUGAAGAUGACGGUGGUCAUCGUGCUCGCUUACAUCAUCUGCUGGACGCCUUUCUUCACCGUGCAGCUCUGGUCCGUCUGGGAUGUGGAGGCACCAACUCACACUGCAACCUUCACCAUUUUGAUGCUGCUGGCCAGUCUGAACAGCUGUGCGAACCCCUGCAUCUACCUGCUGUUCAGUGGGAAGCUGCCCAAGACGCUCGUGGCCCUGAUGUGUGCAGGUCAGUCCGAUCUGAAGGAGUCAAUCCAGGAGGAGGCCACCAUGGUCAGCUCCUUUUACAUCAGCCUCAAGAGCCUGUCGGACUGCAGAUGAAAGUGCUGACGCUUUGGACUCUUAUCUCUCCUCAAACCAGCCUGUUGAGCACAGAAUGAAAAUAUGGAUCUCUCACGAGAAAGACUUGACAUCCACUAAUAAGUGUGAGGACAAAGAUCACAGCAGAACUACAAAUCCCUGUAGUAACACUACAUUACAGUGAGAACAAUCUAUGAAAUGCUUUCACGUACAAACACCAGGGAGUCUUUACAGGGAUAUUACAGUGAAACAUUGAUGCUAUAAGGUCACGAUUACAUAACACAUACUUUUCAAAUGUCAAAGGAUUGUUAAAGGUCUUUUUUAACCAUGUUAGUGGUGUAGUUCUAGAAAUGACGGUCUGUCGAUCGGUUGGUCCACCACUUUGGUUAAGACUGAAAUAUCUCAACAACUAUUGGAUGGAAUGCCACGACAUGUUGUACAGACAUUCAUGUUCCCAAGAGGAUGAAUCCUGACGACAGUGAUGAUCCCCUGACUUUUCCUCUAGCGCUACCAGCAGGUCAAAGAUUUCACUUAUCCAAUGAAAUAUCUCAACAUCUACUUGACGUGUUGGCACGAAAUGUACAGACAUUCAUGGUUCCCUGAGGAAGAAUCCUGCUGACUUUAUUGAUCCACAGACC